CUAGAGAGAGGGGGGGGGGACCAAAAAAUGCAAAGUGAUCUAUUGAACUGUCGUCUUUGCCCUCUCUUAAUUACGUCGUAGUCUCGUAUCUUUUUCCCUUUUUUUUCUCCUUCUCCUCCCCCCCCUCCACCCCUCCACUCUUUAAAACGUUGGGCUCGUGGGUAAUUAGCGAGCAGAGAAUAAAACCAGCUGAUCGGGAGAGGGGUGGUGCAUUUUCGAGGCGAGAUGGCUGACAGAAACAUUCUGUUGCUCCUCUGUGGACUCUUCCUCUUAGCACUGAUUCAGUCUUCUCUUCAAGGAGGUGUGUACGUGCCACCUGGUGCUGGGAUCGGACCAGGAGGUACUGGACCUGGUACUGGGCCAGGAACUGGAUUCUUCCCAGGGUCCUCUGGAGGAGUCCCCGUGGGCUAUAAACAAGCUAAAGCUGCAGGAGGUUAUGGAGGCGGAGGCCGUGGUGUGGGGCCAGGGGGUCUGGUGCCCGGAGGGGGCGGGCAUGGUGGCUUGGGUGCUGGAGGACUGGGUGCAGGACAAGGUGGAAAACCCCAUAAACCAGGUUAUGGCCAUCUAGGAGCCGGUGGUCUAGGAGCCGGUGGUCUAGGAGCCGGUGGUCUUGGAGCUGGUGGCUACGGAGGAGGUCCUUACGGUGGUUACGGUGGUUACGGUGGUUAUGGUGGAUAUGGUGGCGGCGCCAGGGGCUUUUUCCCAGGAGCUGGACAGAAGGCUGCUAAAAGAGGUGCAGGAGGCCAUCUGCUACCACAUGGAGGAACGGGAGCAGGUCCCGGAGGCGCUGGAACUGGAGCCGCAGUGCCCGCUGGAGUGCCUGUUAUACCUCAGAUGGGCCUUCCAGGAGGUGCCGCUGCUGCUGCAAAGAAGGCUUCCAAAGUGCCAGGUAUCGGCAUUCCUGGACUUUACCAAGGUGGACUGGUCCCAGGACAAGGGUUUGGUGGACGUGGAGUUCUGCCCGGGGUUGCCACGGGAACUGAUAUAAAUUCCAAGUCAAUUGGAGGACAAGGGCAGGGAGGUCAAAACCCAGGAGGCCGCGGCGGGUUCGGCGGGCAGAUGCAGCCCGGCGUGUUCCACGGAUACCCCCUCAAAUCACCCAAAGCGCAAGGUGGCUAUGGAACAAAACCUGCAGGUGGCAAACAGCCUCUAGGUUACGGCUUUGGAAAUGGUGGCCCUGAGUCGAGACCUGGAUAUCCUGUUGGAACUGGAGUGGGACCUGGGGGCAUCUCACCCGCUCAGGCUAAAGCUGCCAGAUAUGGUGUGAGUGGUGUUGGAGGUGUCGGAGGUGGUGCUGGAGCUGGUGGACUGUAUCCAGGCCAGGUGCCAGGAGGUGUAGGUGGUGCUGGAGCUGGUAGAGCUGGUGGAGCCGGUGGACUGUAUCCAGGCCAGGUGCCAGGAGGUGUAGGUGCUGGUGGAGCUGGAGCCGGUGGACUGUAUCCAGGCCAGGUGCCAGGAGGUAUUGGUGGUGCAGGAGCUGGUGGACUGUAUCCAGGCCAGGUACCAGGAGGUGUAGGUGGUGCUGGAGCUGGUAGAGCUGGUGGACUGUAUCCAGGCCAGGUGCCAGGAGGUAUUGGUGGUGCUGGAGCUGGUGGACUGUAUCCAGGCCAGGUGCCAGGAGGAUCGUGGCCUGGGGCCAUGUCACCUGCUCAGGCUAAAGCUGCAAAAUAUGGUGGAGGUGGUGCUGGAGCUGGUGGAGCCGGUGGACUGUAUCCAGGCCAGGUGCCAGGAGGUGUGGGUGGUGCUGGAGCUGGUAGAGCUGGUGGAGCUGGUGGACUGUAUCCAGGCCAGGUGCCAGGAGGUAUUGGUGGUGCUGGAGCUGGUGGACUGUAUCCAGGCCAGGUGCCAGGAGGAUCAAGGCCAGGGGCCAUGUCACCUUCUCAGGCUAAAGCUGCCAAAUAUGGUGUAGGUGGUGGUGGAGCUGGUGGAGCUGGUGGACUGUAUCCAGGCCAGGUGCCAGGAGGUACUGGUGUUGGUGGAGCUGGUGGACUGUAUCCAGGCCAGGUGCCAGGAGGAUUGGGGCGUGGGGCCAUCUCACCUGCUCAGGCUAAAGCGGCCAAAUAUGGUGGAGGUGGUGCUGGAGCCGGUGGACUGUAUCCAGGCCAGGUGCCAGGAGGUGUGGGUGGUGCUGGAGGUGUUGCUAGAGGUGGUGGACAGUAUCCAGGCCAGGUGCCAGGAGGUACUGGUGGUGCUGGUAGACUGUAUCCAGGCCAGGUGCCAGGAGGAUCGUGGCCUUGGGCCAUCUCACCUGCUCAGGCUAAAGCGGCCAAAUAUGGUGUGGGUGGUGCUGGAGGUGUUGCUAGAGGUGGUGGACAGUAUCCAGGCCAGGUGCCAGGAGGUGUUGGAGGUGGAGCUGGUGGACUGUAUCCAGGCCAGGUGCCAGGAGGAUCGUGGCCUGGGGCCAUGUCACCUGCUCAGGCUAAAGCUGCCAAAUAUGGUGGAGCCGGUGGAGCUGGUGGACUGUAUCCAGGCCAGGUGCCAGGAGGUGUGGGUGGUGCUGGAGGUGUUGCUAGAGGUGGUGGACAGUAUCCAGGCCAGGUGCCAGGAGGUGGUGGAGGUGGAGCUGGUGGACUGUAUCCAGGCCAGGUGCCAGGAGCGGGUUAUGGAGGUGGGUCCAAGGCUGCUAAAUAUGGAGUACCAGGAGGAGUACCAGGAGGAGUACCAGGAGGAGUACCAGGAGGAGUACCAGGAGGAGUACCAGGAGGAGUACCGGGAGGUGCACCAGUGAUUGGUGGAUAUGGAGGACGGUUAGGGGGUGGAGGACUCGGAGGAGGUGGAGGAUAUUCUGCUGCCGCCAAAGCUGCUAAAUAUGGAGUAGCCACAGGAGGAUUUGGAGGAGCAGGGCGAUUUGGAGGAGCAGGUGGAUUUGGAGGAGCAGGGCGAUUUGGAGGAGCAGGGGGAUUUGGAGGAGCAGGAGGAUUUGGAGGAGCAGGAGGAUACUCGGCUGCUGCCAAAGCUGCUAAAUAUGCCACAGGAGGACUGGGAGGAGCAGGAGGAUUAGGAGGAGCAGGAGGACUGGGACGAGUAGGAGGACUGGGAGGAGGACUCGGAGGUGGAGGAUACUCUGCUGCUAAACCGGCUAAAUAUGGUCCAGGUGGUGCAGGGGCAGUUCCAAGUGGUGGUGGAGGAGGAGUUCCUGGAAGAGUCCCCUUUUUACCCGGAUAUGGGUCUUUGGCGAAUGGUGCUCAACCUCCUCAAUAUGGAGUCCCAGGAGCAGGUUUAGGAGGAGGAGGAGGAGGGAGAGGAGUCCCAGGGGGAGCAGGGCAGGUACUUCCUGGUGGCGGCUAUGGCGGUUAUGGAGUGAAAGCCUCAAAGUAUGGUGUUUUUGGAGGAGCCGGAGCAGGACUAGGGGCAGGAGGACUCGGGGCAGGAGGACUCGGGGCAGGAGGACUAGGGGCAGGAGGACUCGGGGCAGGAGGACUGGGGGCAGGAGGACUGGGGGCAGGAGGACUCGGGGCAGGAGGAGUACCAGGACAAGGAGCUGCUCAAUACUUUGCCAACGCAAAAGCCGCUAAAUACGGAGUUUCCGGGGGAGCUGGAGGAGGAUUUGGGCCAGGAGGAGCAGGAGGAGCAGGAGCAGGUCCUGGAUUAUUUGGACCCGGACUAGGAGGUGGACUUAACCCUGCCGCCGCAAAAGCUGCUAAAUACGCUGGAGCAGGGUUAGGAGCAGGAGGCGCAGGAGGAGGUGCUGGUUUUGGACCAGGACAAGGAGGUGGGCUCAACCCUGCCGCCGCAAAAGCUGCUAAAUACGGUGUUCCGGGGGGAGCCGGGUUGGGAACGGGAGGACUGGGAGGACUGGGAGUUACUGGAGGGGUUGCACCGGGAGGAGCCGGGGCUGAAGGAUUUCCCGGCGGUGUGAAGCCACCAGCAUUUGGCGGCGUCACCGGAGUCGGACUCGCGGCGCCGGGAGCCACUCCAGGCACGGCGCUCGGCGGCGGCGCAGAUGGUUCUGCUGUCUUGGUGCCAGUGAAGGACGCCGGGGGUCCGGCUGGGACUCCGAAACCAGGGCCCACGUCUAUUGUCCCAACUGGCGAGACCCCCGAGGUCCCCCGGCCCAGUAAGACGCGCUGUUUACAUGACACCGUUGACCGUGAAGUGAAAUCUGUUGUAUCUGAUAAAUACCACGUGACUAAUCUUGUUCUUUUUUCUCCUUUUUUUUUACUUCUUGCGGCGCAACCAGGCGUUGCUGGUGGAAUUAUUCAGCCUAGUGCUGGCACAAGUGUCGGUGGAGCAGGUGUUGUAGCGCCCUCUGGUGUUGCUCCAUCAGGCCAAGGGCAGCAGGUUACAACCGGAGUCCAACAACCUGGAGGUGUUGGUGUUGGUGCUGGAGGCAAAGCACCGAAACCAUUCUUACCAGGUGUGGGUCCAGGUGGAGGUGGAUAUCCGUACGGUGGAACCUAUGGAGGUGGAGCAGGCAUCCCUCUGGCAGCCGGAGGUCAUCAAGGGGGAUUCAGGCCAUAUCACCAUGGUUACGGUCAGGGUGGGCCGACUUAUCCUGCUGCAGGUGGAGCUGCUCCACCCAGACCAGGCUACGGUAAUCUCGGAGGAGGCGGUGGCUAUCAGCAAGGUGUGGCUCCGGUGGCGCCUGGUUACGGAGGAGGUUACCCCCAACAGUUAUACCAAGGUGGAUAUGUGCCCGCCCCACUGACUCCACAACAAGCCAAAGCAGCAAAGUACGGCCCCCUGCAGGCCUUCCUCGGUGGUGCAGGAGGAGCAGCGGGAGCGGGAGGAGUCUACCGAGGUGGAGUCGCGGGAUGCCAGGGCAAAUACUGUGGGCGCAGGAAGUAGAGGGUCCGGCGUGCCCUGGACACGCCGCGGUGCUACUGCAUGAUCACCUAGAAUGUACAUUUCUAUUAUGCAAAAAAAAAACAUUUUAAAAAACAUUAGAAAACAUAUACAAAAUGUUUUCUUUUGGUUUUUUUUCACUUACUUGACUGUUUUAUACAAACCCACCGACCCAGAAUUUUGUACAACACGCCAAUAACGUGGUCAUGUUAAUCAGCUUUUAACUCCCCGGACUUCACCGGCCUACCUAGAAAAUAAAGUGUGUGUGUGUGUGUGUGUGUGUGUGUGUGUGUGUGUGUGUGUGUGUGUGUGUGUGUGUGUGUGUGUGUGUGUGUGUGUGUGUGUGU